CUCCUACCACCACCACUAGGUCGAGUCGAGGAGGAGGAGGAAGAGGAGGAGGAGGAGGAGGGAUGAGGCGCGCGGCGGAGGGGAAAUGGCUGCCGAAAACAAGCCGGAAGGACUGAAGAAGAUAAGAAAUCCAGAGCGAAUGGUCAGGAUUGCAGUUGGUUACACGGGACACACCCCUCCCAAGAGUGAUGACACUGACGCCAACAGUGAGCCGGGCCAGUUGAAAAUCUACCUUCCUAAGAAGCUACUAGAGUGUCUACCCAAAUGUUCCUCUCUGCCCAAGGAGCGCCAUCGUUGGAACACUAACGAGGAGAUUGCUGCGUAUCUCAUCACUUUUGAGAAACAUGAUGAGUGGCUGACGACAUCGCCAAAGACCAGGCCUCAAAAUGGCUCCAUGAUCCUCUACAACCGCAAGAAGGUGAAGUACAGGAAAGAUGGCUACUGCUGGAAAAAAAGGAAAGACGGGAAGACCACUCGAGAGGAUCACAUGAAGCUCAAAGUCCAGGGUGUGGAGUGUCUGUAUGGCUGCUACGUCCACUCCUCCAUCAUCCCCACCUUCCACCGUAGAUGCUAUUGGCUACUCCAGAACCCAGACAUCGUGCUGGUGCACUAUCUGAAUGUCCCGGCAGUGGACGAUAGCGGGAAGCCAUGCGGACCUGUCCUCUGCUCCAUAAACACAGACAGGAAGGAGUGGGCCAAGUGGAGCAAAGAGGAGCUCAUCGGUCAACUCAAACCUAUGUGUGCUGGAAGCAGCCUACACCAGAAAUGCUCCAGUGUCAAACAGCGUAUCAUCUCAUCCAAGCAGGAGUCAGGGGCAGCAGCAGGGGGUGGCGCUACAGCGGGUGGCGGCACUACAGCAGGCCAGAGAUCUGAGGAAGCAGAUGGCACAGAGGUGCAGAACAGUGACGUAUCAGAGGGCCAGACAGAGCCCAGUCCUGGGGGGCGCAGGAGCAGAGCAGGCGGAGGAGAUAGGAGAAAUGGCCGAAUGGCAAAGCCCUCCCUUCUCCCACAAAGCAGCAUGGAAGUGUCCUCGUCUACCUCCACCAACCAGGUGGAAGUCCCAGACACCACCCAGAGUUCCCCGCUCUCAAUCACCAGUGACAUGGCUGACAGCCCUGCACUAGCCAUCGGGGCUGGCCUGUCACAGAGCACUGCCGUGUUCAUGUCUGAAGUCACCACACUGACUGGAGAUUCGGUUUACUCGGCGGGCCACACACACCUGCUGCCGACCUCCCACGAGAGCACCGCCAAUGGCAUCAUGUUGGCUGUUGCCCCCGAGAACCAGAGGUUUGCCUCAUUUCCUGGCGGGGUCGGCUUAGGAGAGGGAGGAGAGUUGGUUCUUUCCAGCUCGCUGGACUCGGGCGGAGGAGUUAGCCUUCCAGAGACUGCCAUGACCUUUGACCCAGACUGCUUCCUUAACAACCCCAAGCAGGGUCAGACCUAUGGAGGAGGCGGAGGGAAGACUGAGGGGUGUAACGGCAACGAUGGUGGGAUCCACUGUUCUUCUAACGGCUUUGUCUACAGCCCAUCCCUUGUUAACAAUAUCAAGAAGGAAGCUACGCCUAUGGAGCAACCACUGGCCCCUCAGAGUAGUUAUGUAGGAGAGGGGGCAGGCCUGAGCCCCAGCACCACUUUGGAGCAGAUGGACUUCAGUGCUGUCAUGUCAUCACCGUGCGUCCCGGGUCUAACCCAAUCUGCGCACCACCCUUCGCCAAACCUCUUCCUCCAGACCCCAACGCACACGAACCAGACGUCCCAGCAGCAGACCAACAGUGCUGAAGCACCACAGGAAUCAGAUGAAGCUAGAGCCUACAUACACAUGCCGGAAGACACCCCGAUCACCAACGGAGACCACCAUUCGCACCUCCACCAAAGCAGUCAAGACCAGGCCAUGUGCGGGAGGAACGGGAAAGGAGCAUCGGUUCCCUCUUUCCCCCUGACGAACCAGGACGCUAAUGUUGAGCAACCCAGCAACGGGGUUCGUCAGGAGGUCGGUGGCAAAGUCCUUGAGAAUGGAGGAGAGUUGAUGCUCAAGUCCGGUGCUGCUCACGAGGCUUACGGCAGUGUGGACACUGAACACUACCUUCAACCAACAGACGGCAAUGGAGUCGGGGAGGAAGGAGGAGGGGUCUGCGGUGCUGCAGGAGGAGCGGAAAAUGAAAUUCUUUGUAAUGGAGUAAGCUUGUCUGGGCCUGGCGGCUCAGUGGGGGCUAGUCCUCAGUCAAUAGGCGCUAGUGCUAGCAUUGAGAGGGCACUGUACAAUUCCUCCCUUCCUCCACAAGGGGGAGGCGUAUCAGCCACGGCGGCCGGAGCAGGAGCAGCCAUCAGCCUGGAAGGGUUUGAGGCUUCAUUUGGAAGCCAGUUCUCUGAUCUCAUCAAUGAUUUCAUCUCAGUCGAAGGGUCUGCAGGUGGGGUAGGGGCCGCCGUCAACGGGGUCCUGAUGCCUCAAGAGGGGGCGGUGGGAGAGGAGCAAGGCACGGGGGAAGGCCACCUGCAGGGCUCAGAAGUGGAGCAGGGAGCUCUGGGAAUGCUCCAAGAGACCGGGAGGCUGUUCGGUGUGACAGACUACUCCCCAGAGUGGUCUUAUCCAGAGGGUGGUGUGAAGGUGCUCAUAACAGGACCGUGGUUGGAGUCAAGCAGUGAGUACAGCUGUCUGUUUGACCACAUCAGCGUCCCUGCUGCCCUUAUCCAGCCUGGUGUGCUACGCUGCUACUGUCCUGCUCAUGACACAGGACUCGUCAUGCUGCAGGUAGCGAUGGGCGGUGAGGUCAUCUCUUCUUCUGUGGUGUUUGAAUACAAGGCGCGUGACCUUCCUGCCCUCCCAUCUUCUCAGCAUGACUGGCUGUCAUUGGACGAUACUCAAUUCAGGAUGUCCAUCUUGGAGCGUCUGGAGCAGAUGGAACAGAGGAUGGCCGAUAUAACCAAUCAAAACCCCACCUCGGAAACUAUGGCAACCAAGAGUGGCGGUGUAGAAGGAGGGGGAGCCACUGAGCAGCAAUCUCAAGCCUCUCCCGACCAUAGCUCAUUUGAGGGUCGUGUCGUGGUUGUGUGUGAGAAGAUGAUGUCGCAGCCGUGCUGGGCUUCCUCCAAUCAGCUUGUCCACAGCAAGAAUUCAAGGGGAAUGACCUUAUUGCAUCUGGCUGCCGCUCAGGGUUACGCCGGGCUCAUUCAGACUCUCAUUCGCUGGCGUACCAAGCAUGCUGACAGUAUUGACCUCGAGCUUGAGGUGGAUCCUCUUAAUGUCGAUCACUUUUCCUGCACGCCAUUGAUGUGGGCAUGUGCUCUGGGUCAUACUGAUGCUGCACUGGUGCUGUACCAGUGGGACCCAAGAGCUUUGGCUAUUCCAGAUUCUCUGGGACGCUUGCCGCUAAAUAUUGCCAGAUCCCGAGGCCACACGCGACUGGCUGAGCUCUUGGAGCAGCUGCAACAAAGUCCUCAAGCUCCAAGCCAGCCUGCUGACGCAUGGGUGGACAGGUGGAGAGGAAGUUCGGAGCUCAGCAGAAUAAGCAACAGUCACUCCUCAAACCCAAACUCAGAAUUGAAGAGAGUAAGGACAGAGAGCCAGCCUAGCAACCAGACCUGGAACCAAACAGGACACAGAGCUUCACAGACAACCCAGGGAGAACAAGGGGGUCCACCCCCAGCUAAGAGACUCAAACCCACUCAGCAACAGCUCGCUAACUCAACCUCCAGCAACCUCAACUCGCUCCUAAACAGCCACAGUCCCAACACUCACCCUUCCCAUCUACCAAGUCCUCAACAAACCCAACAUCCUAACCUCAGCAAUCGAAGUUCACCUCCUGCCAGCUUCAAUCCUGACCGUCCUCAGCUCCCUAGCCCUUCCUUCUCCCACCUGCAGGCCAGGAUAGGGGCAUCUGGAGGGGGCGCCAGGUGGAGCCUGAGACAGACUCUGGGGCAGCGUAGCCUUGCCAGGAGGAUCCUAGGAAAAGAACGACUGGCUGUUCACCUGCGCCAGGGAGUCCUUUCUGAUAUGGGGGAGGAAACAGAGCUGCUAACUUAUCAGGAUACCGCAGAAGACUUACAGAUGGACAUUUCAAUGCUUGCCGAUCACAUCAUGGAGACGUCAACCGCUCGACUAAAGCAGGAGGAUAUGGAGACUGAAACCGACUCUGGUAGAUCAGGCCUCAGCGGCGAUGUCAGACUACUGUCUGGUUAUCUUGCUGAGGUGGAGAGAUUCCUUAAUGCCAAGCCCCAGACACUCGGCCCGAAACCAAACCCUCACUCAGGGCCUGAGGCUAUGAAAGCGGAACGGUUGAAAACCGAUUCCCCCUUUCUUGCCAUGACAGAAGCUGAGCAAAGAGAGCUGUGCGUGACCAUCAGGAAUGCUCUGCACACCCUUCGAAAACAAAAGGGUCCUAUUCAGGAACAACGCAAAGAGAUUGCAGCAGUGAUCCAACGCUGCUAUAAGAGAUACAAGCAGUAUGCACUUUAUAAGAGGAUGACCCUGGCAGCCAUCCUGAUCCAGAGUCGUUUCCGGAGUUUCCAUGAGCAGAGGAAGUUCCAACAGAGUCGCAGAGCCGCAGUCCUUAUUCAGCAAUACUAUCGCUCCUACAGACACUCCCUCAGGUACGAAAAAAAAGGAAAACACACACGCUUGCAUGCGAUCAAUGUGUCCAAAACAAAAUCUCAUACCCCUGUCUCUGCUCCUAGCAAUCUUCUAACUAAAAAACAGAACCAGGCUGCACGCAAGAUCCUGAGGUUCCUGCUCCGAUGCCGCCACAGCCCUUUGAUGGACCAUAGGCCCCUGAAGCGGGGUCAGAGAGCAGAAAAAGGCCAGGGGUCCUGAGAGCCCCCCGCCGGGCCCCACCCACAGCCCACUAAGCCUGUGAGCAAUUCCCUCUCCCCUUCUCUUUCCUCUCCAAACUACAUUCCUCCCUGCCCCUUCCAUUCUCUUCUCCCGCUUUUUCGCUCGCCCUCUAUCCUGUCUUCUCUCGAGAGGAAGAAGCUUCCCAGACAGACGGAGGACAGGAUAGGUGUCCAUCAUGGCAGCUCAGACAGACAGACUACUAGGGCGAGCCCAGGGAUCUGGCACCGUCCACAGCACUGAUCCUCCUCCGCAGUUCCACUGGGAGGCCAUCACAUUAACCUCAUGGCAUUCUUUGCACUCUUCAUGGGUAUGUUUCCAAACGGGAUGGCGACGGAAAGCUUCGAGCUCGCUCACUCGCCAAAGGCAACUUUGACUGACCGUACUCAUGCAAAUCCCGUCGUGUUUUGUACCCAAACACUUGAUCCAUGAACGGAUAUGAAAACAUAAACCAAAAACAGAAAAAAAAUCACUUCUACGUUGCAUUUGCAUGCAAGUUAUUUCUUCGUUCUUUUCGCUUUUUCCUCCUCUCCGUCACGCCGAAGAGCUCUAUAAGCAAACCGUCCCGCGGUAUAAAUCACACUCUCACCAACCUUACAUUACUUACAAACCUGUCACCUGAUCAAAAGGGGAGGAACCACUUGAAUGUAAGAGGAGCUUUGUUUCCAUGAGGGUCGGGGUCCGAAUUAACGAUGUCUUAAUUUGUUACAUGGACUUUGUAUGGAGUUCGUUCUCAGAGGCGGCCCUUUGCCCGCCCGCGUGGUGUCCGUGUUCGUUCAAUUCAAUGCAUGUGUUUGAGCCGCGAGCUCCUGCAUGCUUGCCAAACUGCUUUCGUGUCGUUUCUUUUGUAUUUCUACGUGUAGUUGUGUCUCACUGUUCUCAUCGACUUAUCCUUGCCCUGCGUAAUGUGAAUUGUGUAAGGACAAAUGACAUAUUUUGGGUGCUUUUUUUAAAAAAGAAAAACGACAACAACACAAAGUUUAUUUAUUUAGGGGUCUGAUUAUUUAUUUAGGAGUGCUUAAGCUUGAGACUGGUUUCCCCCUUGUGUGCUAAAAUAUGACAUGUUGCGGUGGUUAAAUGUCUCUGUUAGUUUUUUGUUUGUUUUUUUGCGUGAACCUCGAAAUCCUAGCUGUUUUGAGGAAAGAGUCCCAUACAGUAACAUUGCCUUGACUUCUUGCUGAAUGAGAGGUCUUUACGCUUGCUCUGUCCAGGACACGGGUCCAGUACCUACCCCGAUACAGGGCACUGAUCCCCAUAUUAGCCCAUACGGGCAAUCAAAUCCAUAUUUUGGACUAUUGCAUUUUCAUGUAAAUAAACUGACGAGGUAAGGGGAUACGAGGACCCUGAAACUUUUUCAUAAGAGGACUGUAUUUAAGAUUAUAAAUUAUUUUACUCCCAUAAUGAGAACUUAACAUAGAGACCUGGCUACACAGGACAGCUGUAUUGCUUGUAAAUAAUGUAGAUAUUACAAACUGAGUAAUGUGCAUGAUAUUUAAGACGCAGAAACAACAAAAAGAACAAUGUUAGUGGCUACGGACUAUGAGAGGAUUUUAACGGCUUCACUUUAAGAGUAUCCAGUAUAAGUGUUACUGAAAAGAACAUUUUGUUCAAGCAUGCAAAUGAAAAAUCUAAUGUUAGAAUUAAAUAAGUGGGAAAACAAAGUUAGCUGAAACAAUGAUCUUUCAAACAAAACAUUUACACGUUGUGCUUUUGUUCCUUGGCUCGCAAAAAUCAAACAAUUUUUGCCAGUAGUGCCAAUUAUUAUGAAUGCUAUUUUGCCUAAUACUUUUUGUUUGGGAGGGGGGGACAAAACCCAAAAGAUAUCAGUAAGAUGCACAGAGGCAACACACACAGAUAAACAGUAGACGAGAUAGUAAUAGCUCAACAGUAGUUUGACUAGAGGAUGACAUUAAAGACGCAAAUAUUGAAAUAACGGUGAUGAAGAUGCUGACAGAUGGUUUCAAUGUGAAUGCAUUGACCCCAUUGAAAAAUGCAAGAGGGUAAUACAUUCUUUAAAAUGUGGUUGUGCUUCAGCAACAUACUACAGGGUGGGGCAGAGCAACUUGCUUAUUUGAAGUUGGCGCCCUGAAGCGAUGGUUGCUCUGAGGAUGGUAGGGAUGGACUUAUUUAAGAGGGUGGGUCUUAAAGUUUGGUUCGUAAUGUGCAUUUAUUUUUUCAGGAACCCAAGUGAGCAUCAUGAAGUGGACGAAAUUGGAACGCACUUUCGCUGUUGAGGCAUUUUUUUCAAGCGGUCACUCAAUCGUCGCAACACAACAUGCAUUCCGUAGAAAUUUCAAUAUUGCCCACCGUGGUCCUGUGCCUGACCGGCAGUCAAUCUGGUUCAGUGUUGGCAGGAAACACUCAUUGAUCAUGUUGGCAUACAAAACACAGUACUUCUCAAAUAGUGGGGCGGGCCCCCCCAGGGGGGCGCAGAGCGAUGCUGGGGGUGGCGCAUGUUAUCUUGGGGAACAUACUUUUUUUUACCGUACUAGAAUAAAGUAUAAUUGCACAUCCACUCAGUGGGUGGCAGUGCCGCCACAACAACAGCACACAGCAAAGAGCAAUGGAGAUAUGAAAAGCUAAGAAAAGGAAAUAUGACGAAGCGUAUGUAGCAUUUCACUUUUGGCUUUUGGCUUUGACUUUUAGUACAGUGGGAGACGAGGAAAGGCCAGUCUGUUUACUUUGUCUAAAAAUGUUUGCAGCGGACAGCAGGAAUUAUUUUUUUCAGUGAAAACGUGCCGAAAAUUUCCAACAAUCCUCCCGCUUUGUCAGUGUUACAUCAGUAAACCGGCGAGCACUGUCAGCAUCAAAUAAGGUGGCAUACCAAGUUGCUACGUGCAAAAUAACCCCACACCAUAGGAAAGGAGCUGAUACUGCCUGCAGCAAACCUUUGUCCAAUUACAUUGUCGUUUUUGUUCUAUUAAUUUUUGUUUUUUCGGUCUAAUUGUUUGGCAUAUUGUCCUUGUGAGUUAAUGUUGCUAAUCAAUUUGAAUUUAUUAAUAUUUAUUGAUUUUAUUACAUUUUAUUUUUCAGUAUCAAACGGUCAAAAAAUGUAUCUUGAGUGUAUUUCUAAAGUAUGGAUGUGUUGUUUUUUUUUUUUUUACACUUUAUUGUAAGUUGAGCUAUAUUAUUUUUUUCUUUAAUAUUAAAAAGAACACAAUGUUAUGCAGAGGUGUACUUAUAAUAAUAAGAAUUUUUAUACAAAUGAUACUACAGUAUAUUUACAGUGGCGGCAGAGAGUUGGGGGGGCGCGGAACGUUCACGUCUUCCUGGGGGGGGCAUAACAGAAAAUAAUUGAGAAGCACUGGGCCAUAACGGUAGAUGUCACUGAUACUGCCUGUUCGUUUUCUUCAAAAAACCAUGAGCCUAUUAUGCCGACUUGCGAUAGUGCACACCAAACAAUUACACGUAGUGCGUGUACAGCAGUGGUCCCCAACCAGCAGGCCGCGGACCGGUACUGGUCCGUGGCACAUUUGCUACCGGCCCGCAGGUGAAAUUAAUAAUUUAUUAAUAUGGCUGUCAAACGAUUAAAAUUUUUAAUCGAGUUCAUUACAGCUUAAAAAUUAAUUAAUCGUAAUUAAUCGCAAUUCCAAACCAUCUAUAAAAUAUGCCAUAUUUUUCUGUAAAUUAUUGUUGGAAUGGAAAGAUAAGACACAAGACGGAUUUAUAUAUACAACAUACUGUACAUAAGUACUGUAUUUGUUGAUUAUAUACAAUAAAUCCACAAAUGACAUUAUUAACAUUCUUUCUGUUAAAGUGAUCCACGGAUUGAAAGACUUGUAGUUCUUAAAAGAUAAAUGUUAGUACAAGUUAUAGAAAUUUUAGAUUAAAACCCCUCUUAAUGUUUUCGUUUUAAUAAAAUUUGUAAAAAUUUUCGAUAAAAAAAUAAACUAGUAGCUCGCCAUUGUUGAUGUCAAUAAUUACACAAUGCUCAUGGUGCUGAAACCCAUAAAAUCAGUCGCACCCAAGCGGCAGCAGAGGGUGACAAAACACCAAAAAACACAAGUAACAAGUUACAUGACACUGUGCUGUCAUUUUAAUCUGUUUGAGCGGGGCAUUUUUGUUAAAUGCGUCAAAUAUUUUAAUGUAAUUAAUUUUAAAAAUAAUAAUAAUUACUGCCCGUUAACGCGAUAAUUUUGACAGCCCUAUUUAUUAACGACUGCAAUCUAGCCCGUGGCCCUUGAUACAUCAGUAUCCCUGUCUACUCUAUGGACUAAUCCGAGUAAAUAUUUGUCGCCAUCUACUGGUUGGCCGCAAUUACUAGGGUGUUUGCACACCUAUAGCAGCCCAGCACCAGUCAAUGUAAACAGUAACUUUAGCUGCUGUUGGAUGUGGGCGGCGACGUGUUUGGACAGCUUUUUUACCGGGAAAAGGCCACCUGCUGAGCCAGAAGAGGCGAACUGUAUUGCUAAAGCUAAGAAACCUUUCAAGAUUGGAGAAGAACUCAUGAUGCUUGCGACCACGAAUAUUUGCCGACAAGUUUUAGGAGCGGCCUCAGUUAAAAAAAAGGUGUAUUCAGUUUAUGGUGAGUGACAGUUUCCCUGCACUUAAUAUUUGUUUUUAGCCUUGACGUGUUAGUUUGCCACACAUUGCCGGUCAGUAAAAAAAGGCGCACAUUACACCCGUCCGUGGUGAAAAAAAAGGUUGAAGACCACUGGUGUAGAGGACGUUGAUGAAGUUCUCUUGGGUUUCCAGUAGCGAACGUUUUGCUUAUUUACAGAUCCCGAACGGUGGAAGUGAGCCUCAUCACCACACCCCUAUGUUGUUUACCUAUUAAACAAUCGACGGCCAGCCAGGUACACGACCACGAGGGGCAAUAUUGAAAUGUCUACGGAAUGCAUGUUACGUUGCGACGAUUGAGCAACCGCUUGAAAAAAAUUCCUCCACAGCGAAAGCACGUUCCAACUUGGUCCACUUCAUGAUGCUCACCGCGGUUCCUUAAAAAUAAACACAAAUAACACAUGUUAAGAACCAAAAUUUAAGCCCCACCCUCUCAAAUAAGCCCAUCCCUACCAUCCUCAGAGCAACCAUCGCUUCAGGGCGCCAAAUUUAAAUAAGCAAGUUCCUCUGCCCCACCUUGUACUUUAGUUUAAACCAUUCUCACCAUUUGGUUAAACGGAAUGUCUCAUUCCCAUUCCUUACAUAUCAUUUCAAUCCUUUUGCUCGUCAUUAUCACUGCCGUUGUAUAACAUGGAAAGCUCUGUUAAGGAAGUGCCUGAUCAAUAACAGAAAAGUGCAAGUUCAUAUCAGGAAAUAGCUAUCGUAUGUUCUCCGAAUGGCUGCCAGUAAUUUUUUUCCCUCCUUUCUCCUACAUGGUGUGUAAAAAAAAAAAAAAAAAAAGACACGACAAUGUUAUACUUGAUUCAGUUUAAAUGCGAGUUCAAAGUUACGUGCACUUAUAUGUCUGAGGUUGUUUUGAACGCUCACGGUCAUUUUGUGUAUGCAUUGUGCAGUAUUAGAGCUACAACUUCUAGAAAUUCUCUUUUGCGAAAUAUCUUGUCAAGAGUCCAGAAAUCUUUGUGUCAAAUGGAAAUGUUCUUGUAGCAUUAAGCCUAAAAUAAGAACGCAUUGUUUCCAGGCAACAAAAGGACUGUCCUGUACUGUACUUUACUGUACGCGCUUUUCCAUUCACUCCCUCUUUUUCUCAUCCUCUGGCUCCCUACCACACACACUCGUGCACACAGUCAGAAACACAAGAAGGCCACAGUCUUUCUCUCUGUGCUUAUGUCUAAGGGAACAGUUCAAUCUCUCCCUUAGAUUUUACUCAGGGUUGAAGAACAGGGAGAUGAUGUGUGGAGUGUCACUAACUCAAUGCUAAUACAGCUUUGUGUAUGCAUAUGUAUUCCAUAUGUCGGGGAUACUCCAGUUUUGUUUAUCUACGGAUUAGAAUCCUCUCAUUUUCUAACGUGGUUCUUAAACGGCCCUCUCCCAUGCUCGUCUCAUUUUGCGAGGCAGUGAAUGUGAUCUGUUUGCUUCUCAACUGGAACGUGUGUCAUUUUUUUCUACAAGAAAAGAAAAGUUUCGAGUGAUUUCUAACGCUCUUAAACGCACAAGAUGAAAACAAAGAAAUCAGAAUACUGUAAGUCGCAGCCAUGUGUCACCUUGAUUCAAAAACGCUACUAUGUUUAGUGUUGUAUAUUCGGAAGAUCUCUAAAACAGGUUCUUACUAUCCCUCUCAAACAAACAAUCGUCCCACAUCGCCAUAAGUCCUUUUUAGCUUUUCGAAACACACCGCGAUAUCCUUGCGCAUAGGACGGUUAACACAGAAAUUACUGUUUGUGUUUAGGGAAAGGAUGUUGACUAUAAGAAAAAAAGAUGGUCAUCAAAAGUAGACUAAUAAAAGAGAAGAUAUGAGUAAGACAGUUUCUGAAAGAUGUGUGGAAAUGGCCUCUCUUCCCCAGUGGCGCGCCUGGAAAAUGAAUGGUACCUGUAUAAUCUUUUUAUGCCUUGUCUCUGAGGCGGCGUGCCCAAACACCACAUUGCAUGCAAGAAUGAUAAACCCUCAUAGAUGAGCUAAGGCUUAAACCUCUCCACUUCCCGUCCCGCUUCCCUCUGUCUCAUCUUCUGCUCUAUUCCGACCUUGCCUGCUGUUGUGUUCUCCAUGCCUAUCAUUCUUCUUUUGUAGCCUUCUUUGACUUCCUAUGUUCGACUUUUGUUUUGUUUGCAUGCACAAGCAUCACAAAACUGUUGAUGUUUUUAAGAGAAUAUUUUGUUGCUGAGGCCAUGCAAAGUGUUUUGAAUAUUGCCCUUAUAUGUGGAAAAUGUCCUCUGAAUGCUUUACAUAAUUUCUGCUGUAAAAUGAAAUCAGAAUAAAAAAGAAAAUUUGCACUUUAA